CGGGCUUCCUGUCCUUGAACUGAGUUGCAUUCAGUCCAGACUUAAUGGAAAAGUACAGUGCAUAUAGAGACCCAGGAACCGGAAUUCAGCCUUUCCUCGUUCCAGUGGCGCCUCCGAGCCCAAGUGGAGACGUUGUGGCCAAGAUUGUUCUCCCCAUCAGAUAUCUUGUUGGAACUGUCCGAAUUCUUCUGGUUUUACUCGUUCUAGGCCUGUAUCUGAUAUUGGUGGAGGGAAUAUGCGUUAUCUUCAAACCUGUUGCGCCUUUGCACCGUAUUUUGGCUUGGCUGUUUACAGCAUUGUUAUCACGCCUAGCGCUUUUGUGCGCCGGAAUCUUUUGGAUACACGUGGAACCUGUCAAAAGGAAGCGGGGUAGGCAAACUCAAAUCGCCGACCAAUGGAAUCCACAGCCUGGUGAUGUAAUAGUUUCCAACUGGGUCUCCUGGAUCGAAAUCCUCUGGCUUGCUUUCAGGUUUAAUCCGGUCUUUGUUCUUCCUGUUCCUGCUUCGUCGGCCGUGACUUCUGCGCCAUCUAAAUCAUCAGAUCCCAUAUCACGUACACCUGGGCGGCGGACAGGAACCGGAUCAGCUAAUGUGUCGGUGUCAACAAGGGCACCCAGGGAAAGAAUCCAUAUCACUGGUUUUCAGCGCCUUUCGCUACUGAAUGUCCUCCGCCAAACUGGCAGUGUUCCACCGUACCGGGUGGCACAAGGUUUGGCUCCCCAGAGUCUGGAAGCUAUCCGAUUGACUUCUGAUCGGCCUAUCGUCGUGUUUCCGGAGUGUACAACGAGCAAUGGAAGGGGACUAAUCCGUUUUUGCGACGUCUUCAAUCAAAAUAUCCCAGUACAAGGAUGGCAGGUGUUCGUCAUGUGUGUUCGAUACGAUACUCCAACAAUAUUGUCGUCAACUCUGUCACACUCCAUUCCAGCAAGAUCCGUAAAUCCGCUAUCUCAGGUAUUCAAUGUGGCCACGUCAAUUGUGCCGCCAAGCGUUUCAAUCCGGCUACUAGCGCCCUCAGAAUCACCUAGUUCACCAACCUUCCUGGCUAGUGAUGUCCUUACCGGAUCAUAUAACGAUCAGCUUAGUGAAGCAUGUGCUGUUUUGAUUGCGCAACUUGGAAAGAUGAAAAGGACUGGGAUGGGAUGGGAAGAUAAAGCAAAUUUCCUAGAAUUCUAUUGGGGUAGGCGCAGUUCGUAAUCGACACAGAAAAACACAGCAGAGAAACUUCACAUAUGUAGUGAGGUGACAAUAUAUAUAGGUGGACUGGACGUCCAGAGGAGACCAUUGCAUGCAUGAUGAAGACCAUGUUAACAAGAGACAACGGGAAAGAAACAUUUCGAUACUGGAAAGCAUGAGAUGGAUGGGGCAGCACCGAAAGGGUCACUCACAUUGUACCAACGACGAUAUUCGGC